AUUAUGGAACUUCUUCAUCGAAGCCAUGCUCAUCCCGUCGUACCGUCCCGAGUGGGGCAAGUACACCAAGUGGUCGUACAAAAGUCCGGACAGGGUGGAAAGAACGGAGGAAGAAAGACGGAACAUUAUUUUGAAAAAGGAACGAGACAAAUUGAGAGAAGAAGCGAAAAUGUCGCCCCACCCCAUCGCGCACGACCACGCUUCCUGUACCAGGGUCAAGUUUAACGUGAACGGACGAAUAUUCGAAACUCAGCUCCGAACAUUAAACCGAUUCCCGGAAACUUUACUAGGAAGUCCGAAAAAACUGGCACAAUUUUACGACCCGGACACGGAUUGCUAUUUUUUCGACAGGAUGCCCUCCAGUUUUGAAGCGAUCCUCUACUUUUUCCAGAGCGGGGGUUAUCUCCGUCGCCCAGAAAAUAUUCAUUUAGACAUCUUUUAUGAUGACGCAGAAUUUUUUGGGUUGCCGCAAUCCGUGAUUGCAAAUUUCAAAUUGGAGGAAGGUGUCGCAGAAUCUCCCACAGAGGACGACGACAUGCCGCAGAACCUUCUCCAGAGAAAAAUUUGGCUGCUAUUCGACUAUCCGGAAAGUUCCAUUCAGGCCAGAAUUCUUGCAAUUUGUUCCGUUUUUGUGAUUGUUCUCUCCAUUAUAAUUUUCUGUGUGGAAACUAUUCCCGAGUUUCAUGGGCAUGCUGAAGAGAGGACCGCGGAGAAUGGGGCCGCAGUCCAGUCCGCGUUUGAACCGAUGGAUUUUGCUGACCCGUUCUUCCUCACGGAAACGAUUUGUUCGAUCUGGUUCAGCACGGAGUACUUGGUUCGAUUCGUGACAUCGCCAAACAAAUGGGAUUUUGUACGAAAUUUGCAAAAUAUCAUUGAUUUGGUGUCUGUUUUUCCGUACUUUCUCACCCUCGCGACCUACCGGACGGCGGGUGCGAGUCCUGAAGAAGGAAACAAAGGGGGAACUGCAUCCCUCAGCAUACUUCGAGUCAUUCGAUUAGUCCGAGUUUUCCGAAUUUUUAAACUUUCUCGACAUUCAAGAGGGUUGAAAAUCCUGGGGCUUACGUUGAAGAGUUCGAUGAGCGAAUUGUUUCUUUUGAUCUUCUUCGUAUUCUUGGGUGUCAUCAUGUUCUCGAGUUGCAUCUACUUUGCCGAACAGGGCGACCCCAAUUCUGAAUUUACCUCGAUUCCGCGUGGAUUUUGGUAUGCUGUGAUUACAAUGACGACAGUCGGCUAUGGUGAAACGGUGCCUCAAACCGUGCUCGGCAAGCUGGUGGGGUCUCUCUGCGCCAUCACGGGUGUGCUAACAAUUGCCCUUCCCGUUCCCGUAAUCGUGUCGAAUUUCAACUACUUUUAUCACCAGUCAAUCGACGAACAGCAAUUUAACUUUGCGAAGUUGAACCAUGUCGAAAACUGUCCGUAUCGUCCGGCCGGAGGGGACGGGGUGCUGCCAGGGUCACGAGAUGAGGAGGAGGACGAGAUUGAUUGGCAACCAGAAGUGGGGGUGAAAAGUGACGAAGAUAUACAGACUAUUUUCGAUUAGAAUUAUAUUGAAAUUGUGAGAGGAAAGUAGUAAUUCGAGGCAAAAUGAGAUUUUGUAAAUGAUUUACGUCAAAAGUGAAAAGUUUGGAGUAAUAAAAUGUCUUAAUUUGCAUCUCA